ACCACAGGGGAUCAACUCGAUUGCAAGUAUCAUCGCAUUUUGAUUCGAUGUCCAUAAGUAAGCUAUUGCGGUACUGCUAAGCACAGGACUAUCAUAUGCGUAUGUCAGAGACAUACCGCCUCAAACCACCACCCUGUUUGAAUCUCCACCCAAAAGCAGUAAAACGUCACCCGCUUUCUAAGCACCCCGCAAUCCAUAAACCCAUUCAUUACAACUCCAACAUCCAUCUGAUCCGUCCCCAGAAACACCGCCGAAAACACUUAUAUCCACAAAUUUCUGGGCCCACCACCUCAUCCAGUGCCCCAUCCACAUCAUUCUUUCUCGUCCCCCUUCAACCGGAGAAUGUCUCCAACCCACAGAGUUGCCACUAUCCAACUCCACCCAAUCCCCCUCUCGCCAGCCAAAAACUUCGCUAAAGCAAGCGCUUUUAUUCGCAGCGCCGUCGCCCAAGGCGCCGAGCUCUGCGUGCUACCCGAGUACCACCUCACCAACUGGCUGCCUGCAGACCCGGCAUUCAGAGACGCAUGCAGCGACUGGGCCGUCUGGCUGGCAAAGUAUCAGGCGCUGGCCAAGGAGUUGGCCGUGUGCAUUGUGCCAGGGACGAUUGUGGAGCGGCAUGUAAGUGGGGAAGGCACAGGCGAGGGUAUGGGGGCAGAUGUCAUGUAUAAUGUUUGCUAUUUCAUCGGUAGGCAGGGCGAGAUAGUGGGUAAGUAUGUGAAGAAGAAUCUGUGGGGCGCGAUUGAGCGCGACCAUCUCGAAUCUUCGACACAUGCCCCGCACGAAGUGUUUGAUACGCCGAUUGGUAAGGUCGGUCUGUUGAUAUGUUGGGAUCUUGCGUUUCCUGAAGCAUUCCGCGAGCUCAUUGCUGCGGGCGCGAAGACGAUCAUCAUCCCGACGUUUUGGACGCUGUUCGACUGCUCGCUGGAAGGCUUGAAGCUGAACCCGAAGGCUGAGGCGCUGUUCUUGGACAGCAUGCUAACAGCGAGGACUUUUGAGAAUACUUGUGCAAUCAUCUUUGCAAACGCGGGUGGGCCUCCUCAAAAGGGCUACGCUGGUCUGUCUCAAGUUGUUAUACCCUAUGUUGGACCUAUUGCGCGCCUUGGUAGCAGCGCUGAAGGCAUGGCUGUCAUUGAUCUUGAUCUCGGAAUCCUGGAGGAUGCUGAGGAGAAUUACAAAGUCCGUGCUGAUCUUGCUAGACAGGAUUGGCAUUACGACUACAGACAUACCAAGCGGGAGAAGGGUAGACUAUGAUGUACCAAAUCUCUGGUGUGGCUUGUUACCAUGACUGUUUGGCAUUGUGACAACAUGACAUACUCUCGGCCCCUAUUUGAAUGAUACACCAAAAGCCAUAUUUCGGGCAGGGUAUCGAUGAAGAGAAGAAAAAUCAAACAACCUCCGACUCAGACAAGCUCUGCACUAAUACCAAUUAUUAUUGGGGGCACACGCGUGUGGGGGCCUGUGGUCCCGACUAUGGUCUCGCGAUCUGUGAAGGAAAAUCAGAACAGGAAACAAAGGGAGAUUCGACAGAUUGUGGUAUCGACCCGUAGGACUCGAAG